ACUACAAAAACAAUUGUAGAGAGAGAAAACCUAAAUAUUCUUAGAGAGAGAGGGAUAGGGAAGAAAGGGAGCUUGUGGUUUUUUUCUUCCUUCCUUUCUUUUCCUUUAAUUCUUCUCUUUUGGGGGAUUUGCAGGGUUUGAUUUGAAUCAGGGGAGGAGCGAGAGAGAAGGAGGAGAGGAGAGAGAAAGCUUGGCAUUUCUCUCUCUUCUUUGAUUUCUGUUCAUUGGGAGGAAAUUCAAGUUAGGGUUUUUGGGUUGUUGAAUCAGAACAACGAACAAAGAUGAAUAUGAUGCGCCGGCUCAAGAGCAUUGCUUCGGGACGUACCUCAGUUUCGUCGGACCCUGGAAUUGAUUCUACCACAAAAAGAGCAAAGGUGGAUCAAGAAAAUGAGAAGAAGGCUAAUAAACAGUCAAAUACUGUUGAGGGAAGUGCCACUGGUCUAGAGCAGCAUAUGGCUUCAACGUCACUGGAAACUGCUGCGAGCACAUCCAGUGUAUCUUCAGUAGGUAAGACCGAGACCAAAGAAGACAAAUCUAGUAAUGAUCAGCUUCCCAAAGAAAUGCAUGAAAUGAAAAUUAGAGAUGAGAAGGCCAACCACCAUGAUGACAAGGAUAUGGAAGAAACUAUUAUAAAUGGUAAUGGAACAGAAACAGGUCAUAUAAUUGCAACGAAAGUAGGUGGUCAAAAUGGACAACCUAAACAGACUAUCUCUUACAUGGCAGAGCGUGUAGUUGGCACUGGUUCGUUUGGAGUUGUCUUUCAGGCUAAGUGUCUGGAAACAGGUGAAGCAGUUGCAAUAAAAAAGGUGUUGCAGGAUAAAAGAUAUAAAAACAGAGAACUUCAAAUUAUGCGCUUUCUUGACCAUCCUAACGUUGUUCAAUUGAAGCACUGUUUCUUUUCAACUACUGACAAAGAUGAGCUGUACCUCAAUCUUGUCCUCGAGUAUAUAUCUGAAACUGUUUACCGGGUCUCAAAGCAUUAUAUCAGGAUGAACCAACAUAUUCCCAUUAUUUAUGUGCAAUUAUAUACAUACCAGAUUUGUCGUGCAUUAAAUUACUUGCACCAUGUUGUUGGUGUGUGCCAUCGUGACAUUAAGCCACAAAAUUUGCUGGUCAAUCCCCACACGCAUCAGCUGAAGAUAUGUGAUUUUGGGAGUGCAAAGAUGUUGGUGCCUGGUGAAGCCAACAUAUCAUAUAUUUGUUCACGAUAUUAUAGAGCACCAGAACUUAUAUUUGGGGCUACAGAAUAUACCACUGCAAUUGAUAUGUGGUCUGUUGGUUGUGUAUUUGCUGAGCUUCUUCUUGGACAGCCACUGUUUCCCGGGGAGAGCGGUGUUGAUCAGCUGGUGGAGAUUAUAAAGAUUCUUGGGACACCAACCAGAGAAGAAAUAAAGUGCAUGAAUCCCAAUUACACAGAGUUCAAGUUUCCUCAGAUCAAAGCUCACCCGUGGCACAAGAUAUUUCACAAGCGAAUGCCCCCAGAAGCAGUGGAUCUUGUGUCAAGGCUGCUCCAGUACUCACCAAAUCUACGUUGUACUGCUUUGGAGGCUUGCGCACACCCCUUCUUUGAUGAUUUGAGAGACCCGAACGUGAGUUUGCCUAAUGGACGAGCAUUGCCUCCUUUGUUCAAUUUCACAGCUCAAGAAUUGGCUGGAGCACCCACUGAACUCCGACAUCGUCUAAUCCCUGAGCAUGCUAGGAAUUGACGCACGAACCUGAGGGGGUCACAUAAGUUCACGAUGUAAAUGCCGUUUUGUUUGCUUGGAUGAGCCAUGCUGCCUUGCACUGCGCUCGUAGACUUUCUAUCGGAGGGGUUGACGUGGCAGUAAUGAAAGUACGCACUGGAGUUGAAGUGGCAGGCUAUUCGAUCGAAUAGAUUUUGCGGGUGGAAUGUUCAGGUGGAUGUUAGUGGGGAUUGCUUCGGCUAAUUCCAAGACCAAAUUUUCGCGAUGUAUGUUGUAUACCUUGACUGUGAAAGAAGAGCUUUUACAUGUGAAUGUUAAAUCAUGUUGUCAUAUAUAGUGUUUUAUGAGUAAUGUGGAGAGACUAAAUGGGAUCAUUCAGAUGAAAUUAGGUUCUCAUUGUAUGCUGUUCCACUAUUACACACAGAUUCAAAUCUUUGAGUGGAUUUUCCGACGAGCCUUGCUUCGUUUGCUU